UUCUAAAGGUAGCAAUUACGCUUUUAUUUGUACGGACAAUAUUAUACUUUAUAACGUUCAAAUUACAUACAUAUGAAUAAAAUUGUUGCAAACGGCAAUUUAUAAAUUAAAAAAAAUAACAAUAUCUGAAAUCGACUAAGUUUAACAUAUAUUUUUGAAUAUUGUGCUGAAAAAAUGUCAAUGAAAAAAAAGGAUGAUUACAUUCCCAUAAAGUGUGAAGGAUGGAAUGGGAAGUUUGAAUUUGAACCAGGAUGUGUCACUGAUGCAGGCCAAGUAGCCAGAGUUCGUCGCUAUAACCAAUCAAUAACAGAUCCCAGGAAUUUUUUCGCAUUUCAAACCAAAGCAACACAAUUACCUCCAAAAUGGGACGGAACUUUCGUUGGUUCCAAACAAGAAGCCAUACAAAGUCACAACCAAUGUGGGGCUGCUAACCGAAAUAUGUCUUCUGGAUGGGACAUACACGGCUAUUCAAAUGAAACUAUUAUUUUGCCUACUAAUUGGGAUGGAACUUUCCAAACCGAUUCCAAUGACGUCACAAUAAAACCUGAACGUAACCGAUCGGAUAAUCGUAAUUAUAUUGAAUAACGCGACAAAAAAUAAUGGAAGUUUCUGCAAAUAAAAAAUCUCUUUAUUUUAAGUGAUUCGAAUUGUAAAAAUAAAACCAACUUAUGUACAUAUGUAUGUAUAUUUAUUGUGCAUUUUUAAAAGUUUAACUAUUUACAUAUAUAAAUGCAUACAUUUGAUUUAUGUAAAUGUGCAAAUACAAAUCUGGUUUAUGUUAAUUUUACUUAAUUAGAUAAGA